CUGACUUAAAUAUAUAAUUGUAAUAAUUAAAGAUUAUGACGACUUUGAUGUACCAAACUGUGAAAACAUAACAGUUUUUUGUGAUAAUUAUCGACUGAAGCUAAGCCAGGAGGCUUUGUUUGCCAGUACGUUGAUUUAAAAGGCGUUUUUAUCACAGAAGAACAUCAAAAUAGGAUCACUGUUUGUGACUGGAUGAAUAAGUUUAAAAUAACACACGCGAUAAUUAAUUAGAAUUGAAAACGCAUUCUACAAAAAUAGUCAUAUAUAUAGUUUUUAUAUUUGUGUAUGGAUAUAUCAAGACAAGAUUAGCAUGGCCACAUUGCUGGGGCAUGUCAUGUCCUUAGUCCUGGAUAAGAGCAGUAAAGUAGACAAUCUCAUCCCCUGUUACCGAGGCGACGACUUCAUGGCAGACGAACUGACACCACGUGAACACAUCUCGUCAUCUACCGAGACGUUUGCUACGGAAUAUGUUGUCUCUAUGGAUACUGAUUCUUCUGUCAAUUACGACUGCGCUUGGACCACAUCCGGUUCCGGUGCGACGACGGAAGACGCGUACAAGUUCUCUGCAGGCGUAUUCGAGAUUAGCCAGCCUAUUACGCUUGUUGCCAAGGACUCUGUGAAACCCAAGAAAACUAACUCGUUCUCUAUAGAUUCCAUACUAGGAAACAGGACAUCCGAUACUCCGACAGUGGACAGUGCGUCUCCAUCGUGGUUAGCAAAUGCUUGUGUUAAUUAUUCGAUGCAAACGCUCAACUGGAAUACAUGUCAUGUCGUACCCGAUGGAAAUUAUAAUGAACCGGAACAGGACAGACUCUACUGGUGCCACGCUUGUGACGAGUUAUGUGAAAACGAGACCGAGGCAGCCAGGCACCAGAGGGAACACGCCGACAACAGGGAUCACUGCUUGCUAAAGGAACCUCUAUUCUCCAAACACGGAUACACCAGUGUCCACCAGAAAACAUCGUAUUCAAAACGACUGAAGUGUGGAUUGUGUGACAAGAUCGUGACCAGUGACUUCUUGCGUCGCCAUAUGCGCGCGCAUCAUUGUAACAAGUGCGAUGUGUGUGAAGUCGAAUUGAGAAGAAACUCAAACAUUAAGAAAAAUAUUCGCGCGCAUUCGGAGCCUAUGUCAGUGUCGUGUGAGAAAUGUAAGUCGAAAGCUGGAUUAAGACGAGUUUUGACCGUCCACAAUUUAAACGUUCAUCGCCAAACAUUGUGCAAAUAUUGUGGACUGAAGUUCAACAAUAAGUACGCAUGCGCACAACACGAACGCUCGCACACCGGAAGAAAGCCUUACGCAUGUCAAGUUCCCGGAUGUAGAAAGACGUUUGCGCAGGACUUACAGCUCCAGCUUCACUCCAAAGUUCAUUUCUGAAUUGUGAUUGAACAGUAAAUAUAUAACUUAUGUAGACACAGUAAAAUUUAGUGUCUACAUUUGUCUCUAACUGUUGUUUUAAGUGCUACUAUUCUAGUGCUUGUUGUUGUAAAAUUGUUUAGCAUUAAAUAGUUUCAUAAAUAUAUAA